UAUCAUGGUGGCACUGGCUGUGGCAACUGGGAUUGUAAAGUAGUGAAAUUGAACAUAGUAACGUUUUAAUGAUAGAAAUGGGUUGUUAACUCACAGAGGUUUAUAGGUGCUAAACUCUCCACAGAGAAACAGGAGAGACACGAUGACAACUAACGAGGAUCAAGAGAUGGAGCUGGAGGCUCUACGCUCCAUCUACGAGGGCGAUGAGUGUUUCAAGGAACUCAGUCCAGUUUCAUUCCAGUUUCGGAUAGGAGACCUGGAGGACACCAAAGCCUUCAUCCUGGACGUGACGUGGCCAGAGACUUAUCCUGAGACAGCCCCGCAACUCUCCCUUGAUGCCUUUUUUAACAACAGGAUCUCUCCAGAGACCAAACAGCUGAUCCUGUCUAAGGUGGAGGAGCAGGUGGAGGCUAACCUGGGCGAGGCCAUGAUGUACACCCUGUUUGAGUGGGCCAAAGAGAACCAGGAGACCCUGAUGGAGAACCACAAGCCCGUUGUGUCAGCUGUGACUUUAACAUCUAACAGCGAUACGACAACCACCGCCUCAACAGGCAAGAAGAAGGAGAGGAAGGAGCAGCUGACUAAAGCUCAGAAGAGAAGGAUCAUCAACAGAACAGAUCACAAAGGGGAACUGCCAAGAGGUUGGAACUGGAUUGACGUUAUCAAAGUAGGUGCAUUUUACUUUUCCUCCACAAGAUGGUGCACUUUACUAGCUUUUAAAUACAAGCCGUUCAUCAUUAACCUUUUCAUAUACCUCUCUUUUUUUCUCCCUCCUCAUCGCUUCUUGACUGCCAUCUAGCAUUUGAGUAAAACAGGAGGAAAAGACGACGACUAGGCCUGAGGGCAGCAAUCUCAUGCUGCUUCCUACAAGAACAUGCAGUGAGGUGUGAGCUUGCUGCAGCCUGUUGAUGCUGCUGCUCCUGUCCUGAUGCCUUCACCUCCAACAUGUCACACCCAGUAUGGCUGCUUCCACCCAGACAACAUAACAAAGGAAGCUGCUGGGUAAAGGUGGAGUUUCAAGACACACGCUUCCAGCUGAAACUGUGUUUGUUUGAGCUGGGAAAUCCACAAGAAUUAAGUGUUUAUUUUUUCUCUGUAUGUGUUUGUGGAAAGCAGCAAGUCAGCACUCAGAUAUUCUGCUCCAUCCUCCACCAGGGAGGACGUACCUGCUGUACCUGCUGCCACUGCCACAGUUUUCAGUCUCCGAAAUUAGGCCCAGCUGCCAGGCACUGGAGACAUAAAUGUUGGAUUGCGGUUAUAAACGGAUGUUUCAAACAAGCAUCCUGCUGUUACUCUGAGGUAUCAUGUGACUUUUUUCAACAUAGAGAAAUUUUAAUAACACAAAAUGUUACUCCAUUCACCACUUUCUUAGUUUUUUUCUUCCCAAUGAACUGAGAAACAGAAACAUUUUAUAUAUAAAUAAAACCAUAUUUGGUCUA